AUUAUGAAAAACCAGAGUUUUGUAACUGAGUUCAUACUUCUGGGACUGUCACAGAACUCCAAAGUCCAGAAAAUUGUAUUUGCUGUAUUUUUGUUGGUCUACCUUGCUACUGUUGGAGGCAACAUGCUGAUUGUGGUGACCAUCGUCCACAGCCCUGACAUGCUGGGCUCCCCCAUGUACUUCUUCUUGGCUUUCUUGUCCUUCCUGGAUGCAUGUUUCUCUUCUGUCAUCACACCAAAGAUGCUUUCAGAUUCUCUCUGUGAAAUUAAGACCAUCUCCUUUGAAGGGUGCAUGACACAGAUCUUUGCUGAACACUUCUUUGCUGCAGUUGAAGUGAUUGUCCUGACAGCCAUGGCCUAUGACCGCUAUGUGGCCAUUUGCAAGCCCCUGCACUACUCAUCCAUCAUGAACAGGAGACUCUGUGGCACUCUGGUGGGAGUGGCCUGGGCAGGGGGCUUCUUGCACUCUGCCAUACAGAUUAUCUUCACUUUGCAGCUGCCGUUCUGUGGACCCAAUGUCAUUGACCAUUUCAUGUGUGACUUGUUUCCGUUGCUGGAGCUUGCCUGCACUGACACUUACAUCUAUGGCCUCUUAGUGUUUGCCAACAGUGGGUCUAUCUGCAUCAUAAUCUUCUGUAUGUUGCUUGUCUCCUACGUUGCCAUCUUGUUUGCUCUAAGAAGUCACAAUUCUGAGGGUCAAUGGAAAGUUCUCUCCACCUGUGGAUCCCACAUUGCUGUUGUGGUUUUGUUUUUUGUCCCCUGCAUAUUUAUAUAUGCUCGACCUCCAUCUGCUUUCUACUUUGAUAAAACGGUCACAAUAUUUUACACCAUCUUAACUCCCUUACUGAAUCCUGUGAUUUAUACUUUUAGAAACAAGGACAUGAAAAAUGCGAUGAGAAGAAUGUGGAAGAAAUUGGUUUUGGUUUCUGAAGGAAAAUAG